AUGGAGGGCCUUGACAUGAUCAAUCCCACCGGUGUUUUCGAACAGGAUCACAACCUCCCUUUCGAGAAAACCCCAGAGCGGAGUCUAGACCCCAUGGAACUCUCGACAGAUGAGAGUGGCCAAAGUGUGAACGAUUCGGGACCCUCGACUCCUACAGACGACAUCGACUCAUUUGAUGACGAUGGAAACUAUGAAAGCAAUGGGGGUCUAGUCAUGAGGCCAUAUGCCAUCGAGGAGCCCGACGACGAACCGCAGGCUACAUUGCCAAGGCGCAAGUUACCAUGUCUCCCAGACCAUUUCGAACACUGGCAGCGAGACUUGAAAGAUUCUUUAAAUGGCUUUGACGUUCGACCUGACAGCUUCGAUGCGACCACAUAUUCUGCCAUACGAAAUAAGGGACAGAAGAGGAAGUCAGUAUCCAUUGCGAGCUCUACACAAUCUCACUCUGGGUCUCAUUUCUGCAGACGUGGAACUAUAUCGACAGGAACCCAUCACCAAGUGAAUGAUCAUUAUCGAAAGAGACGCAGAGGAUGCAGCGAAGAGUCUCAGGAUUAUAGUGAUACCGAUUCGUUCUGCAAUUUUAGGGAGCCCAACGCGAACGAAAGAUCAAAUUCAAGUGCAGAAAGUCAAACGACCGAUAUGAGCAGUGCCGAGAGCUUGAAUGAGUUUGCAGCUGACAAGAUGGACAUUGACUGA